ACCAUUACAGUAUGUGAGACUAAGACCUGAAAAUAUGGUCAAAUGCUCCUUAUGUGAUGCAGUAGUGGUGACUCCGGAGGGACGCAGAUAUCAAAUUGAGCUCCGUACUGCAUCGCUGUGCGCCUCCCAAAUUUUGUAACAAUGCGGAGGGCUCUGUAUAGCUCUGCAUUGGCAUGAUUGGUUGAUGGGAGGUCCUGUAUAAACACAAGCUCACUUCCUUGACAACCGCUUUACUCAAAAGUAUGAAUGCCCUGACUUCUGAGGAGGCCGUAUCACCCUAAAUGCUGCACUGACAAAUCAGAUGUCAGAUUGACCAUGCAGCACCUUUUAAGUGCCCAUUAGCGUUUCUCAAUCCUCUGUCUGUGGGUUGUUACAUGGGAGGUCAACCCUGAAUUUAGUGGUGAAACCUACUCCUGGAGUACAGAAUUUUGUUCCACUCCUGCACUAACACCUGAUUCUACUAAUCAGCUGUGUUGUGAUUUGACCUUAACAUUAACACAAGUGUGAAUAGGAUGAAUGAGGGCUAAUGGUGCUUUCAAGACAACUGGGAACUCAAGGAAAAAACUUCAAGUCGGGAAGUCAGCUCUAGAAAGUUUCCGACUUGGAAUUUCGAGUUGGAUGAUCGCGUUUUCCCAAUCGGAGAUAGUUUUUUUCAAGAUCACAGUUGUUGUGAUGCUCGGAAGUCAGAGAUUUCCAUGUUCCCAGUUGUUUUGAACACAGAAUAAAGGAGGCCUCUAGUGGCCAAAAGGCAUUUUUAGCAUUGGCAGCACCAUUGAGGGCUUCCCAAGGGGCCAGGGGUCAUUAGAAGCACUUUUUAAAUUGCUCCUACAGUUUUUCUUUGGUACUGCAGUUUAACUGUCGCCCGGCCCAGAAAGAACAUUUCCAUACAAGUCAGAUUUGAAAAUUCCCAGUACGACACUUUAGUCAUCACCUUUGCACACAAAACAUCCCAUUUUUUUACAUCACUCACAGCCAAAGAUAUUAACAUUUUAUGUUUAUCCAGUGUCUGCCAUGUUGUUGGAGGAGGUGAUGUCGUCGAUGCACCCUGUGUGGACUGAGUGCUAGUGUGCAUGUGAUGUUGGUCUGUAUAAACUAGAUGCAACCUGGAUAUAUAGACGGUCCAUGAAUCGACAGUUUAAAACAACUGUCGGACAUCUUGGACGAAGUCGCCAGUUCUUUUUUGGAAAUUAUUUUUUACCCAUCAAUAUUUGUAAUAAAAUAUAAACAAUUGUAAAACUAACAGUGAAAUACAACUCAGACUCAUCCUCUGGCCAAACUCUUCCACCAUUGGCUGAUCCCUCCUGGUGACCCUGUUGGAGUCAUGUCCAACCGGGUCAUCAGGAGCGAUCAGCCAAUUGUGAAGAAGAAAACUGACUACUUCAGGAUUGGAGAUAGCCUCAAUGGUGCUGCCCAUGCUGUCACAGAUGCUAUAAUGGCACAUAUACAAAGAUGAGUCCUUUAUCUAUUUCUAUGGUGCAAACGUGAAAGACCAUUGAUCGUAUUCCACAGUGUGGAGUACAGCUCCCUCUAGAGGAGAAUGCAGUUACACAUCACAGAAAUGUUUUAACAGGUGAAACAAGAGAUAUGGUCCUGGAUGGAAACAUAAUGAGAUCAAGGAAUUGGUGUUGUGGAUAGCCAUAAACACAAUUGUAAAGUGAACAUUUGUGCACUGCACAGCUUAAUUAUAGUAAAAGAACAACAACAAGAAAAGUGCGUGUGUGUAUGCAUGAGUGCGUGUGUUCUGGAACGUGACAGCGUACAUUUCCACUAGAGGCCACUGUUAUCACACUUCCGACAUGAUGCGAUUAAGGCUCUUGUUUAAUUUUUUUUUUGCAUAUUCAGAAAUAAAUAUAUGUUUUAUUGUCACAUACACCUAGACACGGGCUAUAUUAAGGCUUAACUAAAUUCAAUAAUUAAUAGUUUAUUUUAAACAAUCAUGUAAUUACUCAUUAUAAACUCUAAAAUGAAAUAGAAUUGGAAAAAGUUGGAAACACUGCUCUAAAUAUUUCUGUACAUAAUAGAUUUGGUAGAGCUCCGAAGUUGAGCUUCGGUAGCAGCUCCAUAUUGUCCUUUCAAGACAACUGGGGAAAAAACGAGGUCAAAUCAUGACGUUAGCGAUCUUCAGGUCGGAAAGUCCGCGCUCUAGAAAGAUGCCCGAGUUUCCGAAUUGAAUGAAUGUUCGAAACAAUUUUUCUCAAUCGGAGCUCGUUGACAGUUAUCUUGAAUCCACGGAAAUCGGAGAUUUCCGAGUUCCCAGUUGUUUUGAACGCGGCAAUAACCAACGUCAUUUGCGCACUCUCCACUCCGGUGAUGCACGGCCAGUGCGCGGCAGCAGUUGCUCUCUGAAUAAAGAACAGUCGAAGUCCGUGAGUCUUUUUGCAUCCUGUCUUUCAUCCAUGAGAGGUGGCUUUUAUUAAUUUCAAUUGAGAGUUAAUAUGUUAUUGGAGGUGAGGUGGUAUAUUCCUCAUAAUUUCUCCAUCAUAUUUUGUACUGAAAGCAACAAGAUACAAAGAUAGUUUCGUUAUGAAUGGAUUAAGGGAAGUCGUGUUACAGAAGUGUCUAGGUUUCUUUAUUUUUUGAUACUCUGUCAAAUAUUAUAAAUGAAAAUUUAUUGUGCAAUUUUAUGGAUUUGGUUCAGCCAGGACCAUCAACACAACCGACAUGGCAGUGUCCAAUAUGGUAUUCUCUGACGUGGAAAGUUUUCUGGAUACGCAUCCUGAGUUGUUUGAGGACUAUCUAAACAGAAAAGGGAAACAUAGUAUGGUGGAGAAAUGGCUCAAGAAUCACCAGGCAAGCAAAACUUCAGUAAGUACAACCGCAGUCGCCGAGUCGGAGAAAACAAGCGUCAGCGCCUGUAAAGACAGUUGGGCGAGCUGCAAAGGUGAUGGUGGCCCGCAUAGACGAGCAUCGCAGAAGGAACUGCGGAAAACUUUCGCCAGGUCCAAAGCAAUGAAUUGCAACAGGACAUAUGAUGAGCAAGUCAACUACAGGGCUCAGGAGCCACUGACAAGUAUGAGGAGGAGAGCUCUGCUGAGAAAAGCCAGCUCGUUGCCUCCAACCACUGCCCACAUCCUGAGCGCGCUCCUGGAGUCGCGAGUGAACAUACCUCAGUAUCCAUCCACAGCUGUCGAUUUCAAAUAUUACCUUAAAGAACACAACGAACGAGAGUUUUUCCUGGAAUUGGUAAAAGACAUAUCUAACGACUUGGAUUUAACUAGCCUCAGCUACAAAAUCCUGGUGUUUGUGUGUAUAAUGGUCGAUGCAGACCGCUGUUCCUUAUUCUUAGUGGAAGGCUCAGCAAAUAAGAAGACAUUGGUAUCCAAAUUCUUUGAUGUUCAUGCAGGUAUCACAGUUUUACCCUCCAUGAGCAACUCGGAUGAAGUUCAGGUUCCUUGGGGAAAGGGAAUCAUUGGAUAUGUUGCUGAGCAUGGAGAGACAGUCAAUAUCCCAGAUGCCUAUCAGGACCGUCGUUUCAGUGAUGAGAUUGACAAGCUGUCAGGAUACAAGACCAAGUCCCUCCUCUGUAUGCCCAUUCACAACAGUGAUGGGGAGAUCAUUGGAGUAGCCCAGGCCAUCAACAAGAGUCCAGGAGGGGCUCUCUUCACUGAAGACGAUGAGAAGGUGCUGCAGAUGUACCUGCCCUUUUGUGGGAUUGCCAUCUCCAACGCACAGCUCUUCGCUGCCUCCAGAAAAGAGUAUGACAGGAGUCGGUCGCUCCUGGAGGUGGUCAACGACCUGUUUGAGGAGCAGACAGACCUGGAGAAGAUUGUGAGGAAGAUCAUGUACCGCGCCCAGACUCUGCUCAAGUGUGAGCGCUGCUCUGUCCAACUGCUGGAGGACAUUGAGUCACCGGUGGUGAAAUUCACCAAGUCGUUCGAACUGCUGUCCCCCAAAUGCAGUGCAGACAUAGAAAGCAGUUUUAAAGACAGCAUGGAGAAGUCCUCCUACUCUGAUUGGCUCAUCAACAACAGUAUAGCAGAGUUGGUAGCGUCCACUGGUCUGCCCGUCAACAUCAGUGAUGCCUACCAGGAUCCCCGGUUUGACGCAGAGGCAGAUCAGUUCUCCGGCUUCCACAUUCGUUCAGUGCUUUGUGUACCUAUUUGGAACAGCAACCAUCAAAUCAUUGGUGUGGCUCAGGUGCUCAACAGGCUGGAUGGUAACCAGUUUGAUGAUGCAGACCAGAGACUGUUCGAGGCCUUUGUGAUCUUCUGUGGCCUUGGCAUCAACAACACCAUCAUGUACGACCAGGUGAAGAAGUCCUGGGCCAAACAGUCCGUGGCUCUCGACGUUCUGUCAUACCAUGCAACCUGUUCCAAGACUGAGGUCGACAAAUUCAAGGCUGCUAACAUCCCCCUUGUUUGCGAGCUUGGCAUCGAUAAGCUUUCCUUUGAUGAUUUCUCUCUGGAUGUGGACGCCAUGAUAACCGCAGCCCUCAGGAUGUUUAUGGAGCUGGGCAUGGUGCAGAAGUUCAAGAUCGACUACGAGACUCUGUGCAGAUGGCUGCUGACGGUCAGGAAGAACUACCGCAUGGUGCUGUACCACAACUGGAGGCACGCCUUCAACGUCUGCCAGUGCAUGUUCGCCAUACUAACGACGGCAGGCUUCCAAGAGACCCUGACGGAGAUUGAGAUCCUGGCUCUUAUAGUGGGCUGUGUCUGUCACGACCUGGACCACAGAGGAACCAACAACGCCUUCCAGGCCAAGACAGGUUCAGCCUUGUCUCUGCUGUAUGGAACCUCAGCUACUCUCGAGCAUCACCACUUCAACCACGCCGUAAUGAUCCUGCAGAGUGAGGGACACAACAUCUUCUCCAACCUGUCGUCCAGAGAAUACGGUGACCUCAUGCAGCUUUUGAAACAGUCCAUCCUUGCCACAGACCUCACUCUAUACUUUGAGAACAGGAACACGUUUUUUGAGCUGGUCAACAAAGGCGAAUACAAUUGGAACGUGAAAGGCCACAGAGACAUGUGUAGGUCCAUGUUGAUGACAGCAUGUGACUUGGGGGCCGUCACCAAACCCUGGGAAAUAUCACGCAAGGUGGCAGAACUGGUCACCAGCGAGUUUUUUGAGCAGGGGGACAGAGAGAGAUCUGAACUGAAGCUCACCCCAUCUGCCAUUUUUGAUCGAAACCGGAAGGACGAAUUGCCGGGGCUGCAGCUGGAGUGGAUCGAUGGGAUCUGUACUCCGCUUUAUGAGACAUUGGUGAAAAUAAACCCCAAGCUCCAGCCAAUGGUUGACUUGAUCCAGGCUAACAGGGCCAAGUGGGGGGAGCUAAACAAAGAGAGACAACGCAGCCAGAGUGAGUCCAAACCCACAAGCCAUUGCAGCAGUGACACCACAGAAACAAGAACUUGUUCUUUGGGCGACACACCUUGCAACACACCUUGCUGUGCAGGUGACCCUCCCAAACCGGCAAGCUAGCUCCUGCUGACCUCUCCAGGCAAUAUUUCCUCCGCCUCUUAGCUUCUUUACUCUUUAAUGCAGCCUGCAGAAUAGGCAGUGCAGUGCAGUGCAGUGCAGAGAUUUCUUGGGCUCUGCUUGCUUUUGCCACUAGAGAUGGGCUUUAGACUGUCGCCACGGUCAAGGUGUUUCCUGCUCCUUCCACAGCUACUUCCUGUGUGGGAAACAGAGAGAGCUGUGUCUGACAUGUUAGUCAGAGCAGCGCAGCUAGUUAUUCCUCUGACCAUUGCAAGUGUGAGGAAAUUUCAGACCUCUGUGUCAGAAUGGCAAACAGUGAUAAGGCAGGUGUAGGAGAAAGCUGCAACCUCACUACAAGGUGCAUGGAGUGUAUGUAGAGAGGACCUAACUGUUGUUUUUCUGUACCGUCAUUAUGCCAUCCCUUACGUUGCUUUCGAUAUCUGUUGCUAGAAUAUUGUUCUUGGGGAGGGUGGUUACUCUUUUUUUUUUUUUUUUUUUUUUUUUUUUUUUUUUGUACAUAUGACAUUUGAAGAGAUGGUACUUGCAAGUGCAGUUGUUGAUUUGGAUGCUUGGCUGAUUUAGAGUCCUGAAGUUAGCUAGUGUUGAGGGUCAAGGUGUUGGGAACCAGCAGGGCCUGUGGCUACGCUUGCAAUGCAAAUCGUUCGCUCCACUCCACUCCUUGUGCCUUGUUUGAAAGUCCUUAUGAAAAAUGCAUGGCGUCUUCACACACUGAGAUUCUUCUAUAGUUUGAGAGAUUCUAUUUGACCAUUCUGAGUUUGGUCUUGAUCCCCUGUCUCAGUUAGAGAGUAUUUAACAUAUGUACGUUACGUUAGAAGUAUUACUGACCCAGAAGAGUCGUUUUAUAAACCACAUGAUUGGGAAAGAGAUCAAUCACACACAUAGACAAUGUGCCUUUGCAAAAUUGUUCUGAUCAUGUCACGUUUUAUGAAUAAUUUGCCAAUUUACAAUUAGGCUCCCAUCCCAUUGGUUUACUAAUUUCAACGAUGUGCUUGUUUUUAGUCUAUGGCCUUUAGAUGGCCGCUGCAGGUUGAUUCAACAGAGAAUGGCUAUAUAUUCUGCUGAAGCUAUUUCAGCUGAGGGAAAGGUGCAUCGGGAAUGUCACACAAAUAGUGUAAUGGCAGCUCAUUCCUUACUAGUGUACCUCAGAAUACCAUGUCAGUACAUAACACAACUAGGUAUUCACACAAAAUAAAUCUAAACGUACAAUUGUUCUAAACUAUUAACACGUUUGGAUCCCUUUAGAACAGAACGUGUCCGUGCUGUAGCCGCAUUAGGUUCCAUGUUGACGUUUUAUUUGGGGUAUGAAUUGUUGUAGCUUUGUUCAUUGGAGUUUAAACAUGUAGCUGUGCGCAUCGUGUGGCAUGGAUCUUUGUGCUACUGUAUUUGAGUUUAAACAAAUUGACGAUGGGAAAUUGAAUUGCAUGAGGUGUGACUACAGUAUUGAAAUCAAACUGCUAUGGAUGUAGCAAACAAACACGUGAGCCAACAAAUACCUCGUAUUUUGAACAUUAUUAUUAAUAUGCAUAUGACUAUUUAAUUUAAUUGCAUGGAUUAUACAAUUGCAUCAUGUUUGGUGAAGUAUUAAAUUUGCUGUAAUAUUUUUAUUACAUUUGGUUUCAAAUGUGGCCAAUUUUUACUUGGUACUGUCUUCUUUAGCAUUUGGAAACAGCUUAUUGUAUUUCUUCAUAUUUUCCCUCUGUUACUACCAAUGGUUUAUAUAUACACUAGAAGACUGACAGGGGGCGCUGUUUUGAAGCCACCUCACCUCCAUCUUGGCACUCCCCCACCGGUGUAAAAAAUAUUUUGGAUUGUAUGGAAAUGCAUUUAUUAAUGUUUACCUUUGAUUUAGCCAAGUUUGUUCUAUUACAGACACCUUAAUGCAUACGUUUAAAGUAUAUUAUGUCAGCUAAACAUACACAUUUUAAAUAAAUAACACAAAUAAAAACAUGUUCCUUAAAGUAUAAUUUUUAAGUACAAAACAAAUAUUCAAAUAAAUGUAAUUUUGUCUUUGAAACAUUUGAAUUGAAAAAAUACCCUUCCUUGAAACAUUUCAUUGAAAUACUGUCGAAAUCCAUUCAUUCCUAUGGAGGACUGCUCCCACCGUGGAGUGCCAAUAUGGCAGACCAGCAGCUUCAAGCCUCUCAUUGGCUAAUACAUAGCAUAGCAAUUCAGGGUUUAUAUACAUCAUUGGUUACUACUCUUUUCUCAUUAAGCUAGGUGAACUUGAUGGACCUAUACAGGCAUGUUACUGGAAAAUGUGCAAUGUUUUUGUUAAGUUGAAAUAAAAAUGUG